UCUAUACGAGAAGACUGCAGUCUAUGUAUAAAGUCCCGAGGAUAUCCGGACGCGUAUAUAAUUCGGUCACUGAAAGAGAACGUGCGUGCGCGUGGACACGCUCGUGCUGAUUUUAAUACGUACAUUUCUCGAGUGGAAAAGGUCAUCCCCGACGUUUCGUUUCCCAUUUAACAUUUACGACCUUAACGCCGCGCGGCCGUCGUGUUCGAACGCACUCUGUUCGCGCUCGUCACGUUCGUUGUGACAUUCUUUCGUUCGUGCGAACAUCCCCGCGCGAACUUGUCAGUGCUCUCGGAGGAAACGGUCCACUCCGUUUCGCGCCGCGCCCCACGCCGCCCCACGUCAUUCGCGUAUAGUGUGUAAACGCGCGCGCGUUUCGCCAGCGUGCACGAGGAUCGAGGACUCGUCGCAUCGCGGCAAAGACAAGCACGCAAAGCCAAAGGUUCAUACACGAUCUUGCAGGUGGUACACCUAUAAGCUCGGGAGACUGGGAAGUUGAGUAUUUGCGAUCAUCUCCGUGCGAUACGUACGUCUCGUGUAUCCAUACGUACAAAUGGAAAUGUCGAAUCCGCGCGCGAAAGUCAGUUGUUACAACGUGAGAAUAUUCGUCAUCGUCACCCUCAUCGUUACAUUGUGCUACCCGGCUCUCAUCGAUACAGCGGCAGUCCGUUCCGAGAAGCAGUUACAACGAGUAUUGCUGCGAGACUUUAUGAACGUAAGGAUUCCACGAGCCACGGAAGAUAGUGAUGAGGAAAACGCGUCGACACGAAUUUGUUAUAACGGGCAAAAUUGUGGAUGGGCAGUUUAUGAUCCAUCUACGCGUAACAUCCAGUAUUUUAUGAGAAACACUUGUGAAUGCCCGGAUGAAAGCUACAAGUGCGUGCGCGUUGGGGACGAUCUGUCUACGUACGCGUACGUGUACCGCUGUCGCCAAAACACGACGGCGGAGGACAUUGAGUCUCCCGAUGACACCAUCUGAGACGAGGUCGGCGGCAUCGUCUCGUCAUUGGAACAUUCGAACUCUACUUGCAUCACGCCAACUCGCGGUUACCGCCAUCGUUGUCCGUCUUCGCGAUUCGUUAUGACGUCAGCCCUUGGAUUUUUCGAUAACAUUUUUAUCCACACACGUUUUGAAAGUGAUUUUCUCCUUUUCCACAUCGUUUCAUUACAAUUAAAAGAGGAUUGCGAAUGAGCGACAGGUGCUCGCGACCGAUCGAGUCAAAGUGCAAUAAUAUCGAAAUUCCUUAUUGUUAUCGUCAAAGUUGGAAUUACUACGAGUACAAACGGCGCACUACCGAUCCCAGCCUAUAUAGUUGCGGUCACGCGAUAGUAUCAAUUCCCUUCUUGUCGCUUGAAUUUUACAAUUUCACAACGAGGAUUAAAUUUUCAAUGCGAUAUAUGUAUAUCAUUAAUAUCAUUAUGUAUAUAAAACAUGUUACAUGUCUUAGUUUUGGAUAGAAAAUUUCCGAUUUUUGAAAAUUCGUUCAGUCGACGCUUGUCGCGUAACCGCGUUUACGGUAGUUAACGAAUAGCAAGAUUAAGUAAGCGAUCAACUAAUAUUUUUCACAUCGAGCCGUAUAUUUUAUCUUUGUAUCCUUUCUACUUUUAUUGGAAUUAGGUUAGAGAGUCUUCAUAUUUUUGCCAAGUAAGGCUCAAAAUAUGAAAAGACUUUCUGAUCAACUUGAUAUUUUCACUACCGCGAUGUACUUCCCUUUCAUACCUGAUUUUUUUCUAGAAAUAAUUAGCAUUUAUUGAUGUUACUAGAGAUUUUUAGGAUUGCUGAUUUUGAAUCUAUAUAGUCAAAAUGUGAAAUAGAGCUGUUAGGAGUCGGCGCGCGGGUAAGUAGUGCGCAAAAAAAUAUAUGUAUACACACACACACACACACACACACACACACACACACAUAUAUAUAUAUAUAUGGUUUUAAACUAUUAUAAUAUAAUUUCAAAAAAUAAUACAUUGGAUAUAUUAAUACAUCUGAGAGUUUGGAUCGACGACAGACAGUUCGAAUCUCGAAUGACACGAAUUAAUUUAAUGCGCUGAGAUGACGCUUACAAUUAUUAUAUUACAUUGAGGAUGGCUCGAACGGAGUCGAAACAUUUGUAAAAUUUAAUGUAUUAUUUUUUUAAAUUGAUAGUUUAAAACCAUCAAUAUAUAUAUUUACCCAUUACUUACCGCGCCGACUCCUAACAUCUCUCUUUUUUCAACUUUUUGUUUCUUAAAUUAAGAAGUCCAUUUCUGUUUAAAUUUUUUUGUAAUCAAAAUUUUAAAAUUCAAAAUGUAAAAUUUUUUUGGCUUUGAGUAAAACUCAUAUUCCAGGAGUUUAUGAGAUUGUUGAUUUAAAAUCAGUUUUUUCCAUAGAUACUUCUCAUUAGUUGUUUUUCAUGGCUAUUUCUCAUCAGUUGUUUGCACAACUACUUCUCAAAACCUCUGUAAAAUAAGUUUCACUCAAAUCCAAUAAAAUUCAGUAUUUACUUGCCAUAUUGAAUUUUGAAGUUUGAUUAAAAAUUCAGUGACCCCAAAAAUCCUUGGAAUACGAGUUUCAAAUUCAAAAAGUAAAAAUUUAUUUACAUUUUGAUUCGCUAUUUUGAAUUUUAAAAUUAUGAUUAUAGGUUCAUCAGCGCCUCUAAAAACCUUGAAAUAUGAAUUUUAUUCAAAUCCAAGAAAAUUUUGCAUUUUGGUCAGUCAUAUUGAAUCCGCAUUUUGAAAUUAAAUAACGAUUUUUUUUAUAUAUAGUGCUUACGUUGAUCUUCAAAUGUGCUUUCGCUAUCUUAAUUUUUAAAAGAUAUAUACAUUUUUCACUUUAUUUUAUGAAUUUUUGACAAGCGAUAUGCAUUGCAGAUCAAGAGGGAAAACUCUCAAGAGUGUUUUUUUAUCUUUAAAAUGAAUCCAGAAAGAAGUUGCUAUCUUUAUUUUUGUGGAAGAUAUGGAUUUUUGAAGGUUUGGCAUAUAUGUAUAUCGUGCCACUAGGCAUGAAAGGGUUAAUUUUCAUUCAUCGAAUUCGUCUUCAAGGAUCGAUUUGCGCGUAAGCAUACUGUAUUCUUACUUGCUUCUGAUUGGCUCGUAAACGUAACACGUAAAAUUAUAAAAUUGUUCAACAUUAUUACAUUUAGCGCUAAAAAAUUCGUCUCGCUCGUCGGUCAAUAUACGGCUUUUGAUACGAUCCUCAUUCUUGAUUUGGAGGAAAACGUAAAAACAUAUGCUUCAAUUUACAUUUGUUAAAUGUGUUAAAAAGGUAUAAAUAAUACGGGCAACAUCCGUAAAAGCACUUUUUCUUACAUUUUCUUACCAUUCUUUGUACUUAACGAAGCAUCCAAAAAA